AUGCGUCCCUUCACAUUGCUUCUGGCUGCGGCCUUUUUUGACCUAAGCAUAGCUGGCUAUGCUCUGGAGGAUGACUACAUGACUGACUUCUACGGCGCGUUUGAAUUCUUUACAGCAGCAGAUCCGACAAAUGGUUUCGUCAAGUACGUCGACGAAGCUACAGCGAGGCAAACAAACCUCAUCAACACAUCUACUACAGUGCCGGUGGAAUGGGGAGUAGACUCUACCAACGAGACACCAGAGGGAAGGCCUAGUCUCAGGCUUGUGAGCAAGAAGAAGUACAACUCUGGACUGGUGGUAAUAGACGUGGCGCACAUGCCUAGCGGUUGUGGUACUUGGCCUGCUUUCUGGAUGGUAGGUCCAGACUGGCCGACUGGUGGAGAAAUCGACAUCCUUGAGGGCGUGAACGCGCAAACAAACAACGCAAUGACCCUUCACACCGCCCCCAACUGCAAGAUCGGUCCUGACACGAGCGCCUUCGCUGGUGAAAUCACCACUCCUAACUGCGAUGUCCAUGCCUUCAAUCAAAGCAAGAAUGCUGGCUGUUCCAUCGAGCACCCGUCAACAGACAGCUACGGUGUGGGACUGAAUGCGAUUGGAGGUGGCGUGUACGCAACACAAUGGACCGCCGAAGCUAUCAGCGUCUACUACUUCCCAAGAGGCUCGGUUCCGGAUGAUGUCCUUGGCGAUGCCCCUAAUCCUGACGGCUGGGGAAUUCCUGCUGCCAAGUUCACAGGCGGUUGUGACAUCGAGAACAUGUUCAAGGAGCAGCAAAUCGUCUUCAACACCGCUUUCUGCGGCGACUGGGCUGGCGCGGCUUGGGAGAGCGGGUCCUGUGCGAAGAAAGCAGCUACUUGCGACGAGUAUGUGCAAAACAACCCCGAGGCAUUCAAGGAUGCAUAUUGGACCAUCAACGCCUUGAAGGUCUACCAGGACAACGGAAACGACACACCUGCGCCGUCUGCCUCUGGAGCGCCAGCUCAGAGUACCAUUAUCUCACAGCCGGUACCAGUCUCUAGUGGUAAUGCCACAGUACCCGCGAUCUCCUCAGGCUCAGGCUAUACAACCAUCCCAACCGGGGUCCCCGCCAACCCUCCGAUUCUCUCGUACUCGGAAGGGUCCUAUGUCGUUCCAACGACCUCUACUGCAGAUAUUCCCGCGGAGACAAGCACACUUACCACAGAGCCAACUGCGUCCGACAGCGUGCCAACCUCAGAGGUCCUUGAACCCUCCAAGACGCAGAGCAACACUGGCUACCCUCUUGUACCGACAACGGUAGCUGUGCCGACAUCAGCUGUAACGACAUCAAAGAACGCAACUCCAACCCAGCCCGCAGACCCUGUAGGAGACAAUGACAUGUUAGGCUUCCAGUGGCCUAAACCUAGUAACGAGCCAGCUUCGAACGCAACACACACUGCCGAUGUACCUUCGAAGCCUACUGCAGCGCCGUCUAGUAACAUGGGUUUGCCAGUUGAAGACCUACCCUCGUCGACUACGGCUGCUGCACAGCCAACAAAAAGUCUUGACGACUAUGAGUCCCCACCUAUCGUUCCUACCAAUACUCCUGCGGCUCCUGCUGUGUCCAACGCCGUAGGCGAGCGACAGACAGUAUACCAGACGGUCUAUCUUACCGUCACUGCUGGUGCAGAGGCAACACCCGCGGCUGGUCUGAGCAAAGCAAGAGCAGCGAGGUUCCUCAGAGAACACAGACGAAGAUCAGUCGGCCACCACGCCAGGGUGUGA